CACCAGUGUUGUGUUGGUGACCGCGACCGUGCACUGGUGGGCUCUGGGCACUGCUCACGUGGGAGUGCUGCUCAUUCAUACCGAGACUCAACUUUUCUUGAAGGUUCAUUAGCAAACAUAAUUAGGAAAUAACUGAUGUGUUUUAAGGCUUCUGAAGCAUGCGCGACAGGAAGGAGCCGUGAUUGCGCGUGACACUUAACGUCGAGAAGGAAAGUGCCACACAUCGCGGUGCCGAGAAGGGAUGGAAGGCCGUCCCAGGAGGACCGGCAAGUCAGCACUUAAAGGAUCAGGCGGGUCAAGCAGGAGACAUUGUGGCAGAGGGCGUGACCUGAUGUCUCCUAUGUGCGGCGCCGCGACACAGGCGGAGAGUGGCGAGGCGGUGGGGACAGCCACAUCCAAGAACGCUCUAAGGGAGAGGACCCGUGUGGAGAGUCUACGUAGAGCUUACAUGGAACUACAAGCAGCCAUCCCCUCUGUCCCACCCAACACCAAACUAUCCAAGCUGGACGUGCUGGUGCUGGCUACCACCUACAUCUCCCACUUGUCACAAAUGCUGCAGGAGGACGACUUGCGUACCACCCAUGAUACCAACAAUAACACUACAGCUGCUGCAGCCGGAGUGAAAACAGCAGGCGUGGAGCAACGUGCCCAAUACCCGAAGAUGGAGUCUAUCGCCAGGGGUUCGCAGAAGGGUCUCUUACAUCCUGUCAAGAAGUGGCCGAUGCGCGCACGGCUGUACCCUGGCGUAGCGGUGAGCGAGGCUGCCAUGCUGCUGGGGGAACAGCCCUCUGGCCUGAGACACCUGCGCUCCAGACUAAACCCUCCGCCAGCCACCUCCUCUCCUUACCCACUGGCGGCACAUGUAGGGAGUCCCACGCUUCAGCACGCCCACGCUGCUGAAAACGGUUCCUGUAACUCAGUAGGGAUGCCCUCAGAAAACGGCAUAACAGCUCACCUGAGUGACGCAGCGACCUUCCUGAACGGCGCACUGCCCGGAGCCCACACGUGCCUCCCGCCGCCCUACGCCGCCCACUACCUCGGCACAUGGGAGUCAGAGGGAGGGUGGGGGCCGGAUGUUACUUGUGAUUUGCCCGCCUGCCCCCAGCCACUGGCCACCUACACUGGCUGCUGGUCCUCCUGGCAAGACUGAGGCGCCCUCGUCUUAUCCAUGAUGUGUAUAAUGUAACUGAACAUCCUUUUGAAGUUACUUUGUAUUAUUGUAAGUAAACAAAUCUUGCUUGUAAAACUGAGAACUGUUGCGAUAAAGAUAAGACACAAUUGCCAUGUAAAUACAUAAGGGAAUACACAGAAAUGCACAAUUUACACGACUAAGUAUCGAAGCGGUUUUCCGAGAGUAAAUAAAGAGGUAAAGACUG